AUGGCUUCUGCACGCUCUUUGAUGCGAAUGGGCACCGGCCGCUCGGUGGCUUCGGCCUCGAGAUCCUCAAUGGCCGGCCGUGCCUUUUCCUCGUCUUCCCUGCACCACGCUCCCAAGGCAUCGACUGCGCCGGGCACACCGGAGCCCGAGAACAUGCGGCAGGCCCAGCGUCCGCCCCAGGGACCUCUGCGUGCCCCGGUCAUCAACCCCACGGACAAGUACCAGGACAAGGCCGACAGCCUGCAUAAAUAUGGACAAUAUGUCAUGUCUUGUCUCCCAAAAUACAUCCAGCAGUUUACGGUCUGGAAGGAUGAGCUCACCGUGUACACUGCCCCAGCGGGUGUUCUCCCCGUCAUGAGCUUCUUGAAGAACCACACAGCGGCCGAGUUCACCCAGGUCUCCGACAUCACCGGCGUGGAUUUCCCGACCCGCGACCAGCGCUUCGAGGUGGUGUACAACCUGCUCAGUGUCCGCUAUAACUCCCGCAUCCGCGUCAAGACCUACGCCGACGAGGCCACCCCGGUGCCCAGUGUGACCAGCCUGUUUGAGGGUGCUCUCUGGUACGAGCGUGAGGUGUACGACAUGUUCGGUGUCUUCUUCUCGGGCCACCCCGAUCUGCGCCGCAUUAUGACCGACUACGGUUUUGACGGCCACCCACUGCGCAAGGACUUCCCGCUGACGGGAUACACCGAGCUGCGGUAUGACGAGGAGAAGAAGCGCAUUGUCAUCGAGCCGCUCGAGCUCACCCAGGCCUUCCGCAACUUUGAGAGUGGCAGCACUGCGUGGGAGCCUGUUGGCGCCGGUCAAAACCGGACGCCCGAGUCGGUAUGCAAAAUCCCGUUCUGA